GUUCCUUAGAAAUGCCAUUAAACAAUAGGGUGCUGCAGUUCAAAUGGAUUUCCAGAGAAGUUAUAUCAAAUCGUCCUCCUUUGGCUCUAUUUAAAGGGGCACCAAAGCCAACUUGUCUCACAUUACUUAUUUAAAGAACAACUAAAGCAAGAGAAAUCCAAGAUCGUGAAUCUGAGCAACCAGUCAUUCCCACUGCAUAAAAUGAAGGCUGUUGUGAUCGUUUUCCUUGUUGCAAGUGUCUGCAUUCACUGUGCAAUUCCAUCAAAACAAAACAUACGCAAAAAACGAGCCUGGAUUGUGGAUUCACUCUCCAUGGAAGAGGAGCACAGUGGUCCUUUCCCAUAUAAACUGGGAGAUUUAAAUAUUGAGAAAACAGUUAUGGAAGAAUACUUCAUCCAUGGUCAAGGCAUUGACAAAGAUCCCAAAGGAAUUCUCUCUGUCAAAACCAAUGGAUCGAUUUAUGCUCUUGGAAAAGUUGACUAUGAGGAAUACAAGAAGCUGAGAAUCACACUAACUAAAGAAAACACAAACGUUGCUGUAGAUAUUGUGAUUCAGGAUGUUAAUGACCAUGCUCCUGUUUUCAACAAGGAAGUGUAUGAAAUCACAAUAGAUGAGUCAACACCACAAGGUGAGCAUUUGGUCACAGUGCUGGCAACCGAUGCUGACCAGUUUGGCACUGCAAACUCAUUGUUUACUAUGAAAAUCAUCUCAGUGUCUCCUCAAACCCUUAAUACUGAGUUCUUCAUUGAACAAACUGAAGGAGAUGUGAUAGGGAAGAUUUCUUUCAAAGGAUGUCUGGAUUAUGAGGAGACCCAAAAAUACACUAUUCUGGUUGAAGCAAAGGAUCAAGGGGAGAAGGUACAACUCUCUAGUACAAGCACAGUGAUAGUGAAUAUCAUCGACAAAAACAACCAUCUACCAGAAUUCACCAGGACAAGUGCUUUUACAGAGGUGAAAGCACAAAGGAGUGGAGAACCUGUUUGUCGACUGCAGGUGACAGAUAAAGACAGCAGAGGAUCUGCAGCAUGGAGAGCACGAUACUCUCUGCAGGGUGAUGAAGCACAGCGUUUUAAGAUUCAGACUGAUCCGGAGACCAAUGAUGGAGUCAUAACCGUCGCUGAGCCUUUGAAUAAUGAAGAAAGGUCCAACUUGAGCCUGAUUGCCACUGUGGAGAAUGAGGAGCCCUUCUUCUACUGUAGAGUCACAGGACGUCCUAGACAUGGACUGUGGGAUGUAGAACACUCAAGAGGAAGGCCCAGUUCCACAUCAGUGUUCCUUCUAUUCACAGUUAUUAGGAAAGAUGCCAGUGAGCCCUCAGUAUUUGUGGAGAUCAUGAAUCAUGUGGGAGUUAUGGAGAGAAUGGAGACUGGAAGGAUGCUGGAGGUCAAAAAAUUGAGCAUGUGUCUGUCUGAGAAGAACACUGUCAUUACAGCUGUCGACCCAGACCCAUACAGUCCGUCAUUCCACUUUGAGCUGAUGGGAGAUGUUGAGGGGAAAUGGAAGCUUCAUUCUAACUAUGGAACAACCGUGAGACUGAUUAAAGAGAGCGCUGUACGUGCUGGCAAUCAUGAACUCACCCUUAAGAUCUCUGACAGCCGGGGCCAGUUUUCACUCCAGACCCUCUCAGUUCAUGUGUGUGACUGUGAUGUUUCUGCAAACUGCCAUGUGCACAGAGCACCAACAAUACAGUUGAACAUCACUGCUGUCACUGCCAUAGUCAUCAGCAUCUUGGUACUGCUAGGGAUCCUGAUGAUGGCGUGCCAGAUCAAAGGCAGAGCAAAGAAAUCUGCAAUGAGCUCCUUCCUCUCUCUGGAGGAGGAACAUAAUCAAUCUCUUAGUUCUGACACCUUUGAAAGACGUGAAACUGAUUGCAUGUGUUUUGAACCCGAGGCUGAUGGUCAGACUAAUGUCCUCCUUUAUCCAGGCAGCAUCUUUAUUUCACUUCAACUCAACUCAACUCCAUGAGCCAGAGCUAGAAUUAAAAAGCUACCAGACCUCAGUAUGCCACCUAGUGUACUGUGACAAUAUGAAGGACAUCCAAAAAAAAAAAAAAAAAAAAAAUUUAUCAAUGCAGUACUUGUCGGACUGCUUGGUUUUGCACUGUGAAUUAAAAGGUAGGGCUUCUUUUGGUUGUGGUUGUUGAAACAGAUUACCAGAUUAAUUCUGCAUUAAGUGAAUGCUGGCUGAAUUCUAUGAAUGAAUAUGCACAAAAUGAAUGAAUAUGUAUUAUGUGUCAUAUGAGUAUAUCAGCUUAUGCAGAUAAAAGUUGAGAAAUUCAUAAACAGCCCUUACCAUUUUCUCUGAUCGGGUAGGUGAUACUGUAUCGAGGUAUUCUUACACUGAUAUGUUUAUAGUGUUCAUAUGAAGAAAUUUUAUACAAGUGAAAGAUUGUUCAUGUAUUGUGGAUAUUGUUUUUUUUAUAUAUAUUUUUAAUGAUAUUGUCUUUAUUUAUUCUGCUCAAAUAAA